GGCAGGUGAGGGUGGCAGGCAGUGCCAGUGGGAGGCCCAGAGCCCGAAGUGUGAGCAGGGGAGGUGUGGGCAGUGUUCAGAUGCGUUUUCCACACCUGCCUCCACCUCCCCACCCUGCCCCUGAGCAGACAUCCAGCAAACACCUGUAAUUUAGGGAAAGGGGCUUCCCAAGCGCUCCCUGCCUAAGCGUCUCUGGCCCUCAGGUGACCACACCUGGGAGAUUCCUGGCCAUUGGUACUGGUUCAUGGUCCUCUUCCUCUGCUGUUCAACAGGAGGGCAGACCCACAUACAGUGGGGCCUCCUAUAGACAGUCCCGACCUGUGGCUCCCCAGGCUUGGCAAUCUUGCCUCCAUGGGGCAUCUUCAGGGAGCUGCGUGCACACUCACCACAACUGUACCCUGCCCCCCACCCCCCGCUCUUAUGUAACCAGGGCGGUCAGGAGAAUGGCAGCUGGCAUCUGCACUUGGGAAAUCUGGAAGCUGUCAGGUCAGUCUAAAUCAUCCGCAGCCCCUGGGCAAACACAGGGGCUCCUUUGGAAGGUUGGACCAGGCCCCACCCAAGCCUUGCGGACACAUUCUUGCAUUUCUGAACCAGACAAAAGCAGACAGCCCAGUCCUAAUCCCCCAAACUGGGAGCAGAUUACAAUGCCCCAAGUUUGAAAGCUGUUUUGCUCUUGUUACGCAAACUUCCUGGGGAGGGACUCCCAGGACCGGCAGAAGGGUCCUUAAAUUCAUCACCUCUAAGCUGACACCCAUUCCUGGAGCUCCAUCCCUGGGAGAGCCUGUGUCGAAGGUAACCCUCUUUCCCUUCUCUUCUCCUCCUAGAGACCUCUAGCUGCAGCCUGGCGGGGAGUGGUCCACCCCUGCAGCUGAUCCUCCCACACCCAGGAGCAUCUUCUGAGCAUCUAAGCUGUGUGCCAAAGGUCCGAAGCUCACGUCCAGCAGCUCCAGGGAGGGACCAUGAGCGCAAUCAGCGAGGUGGUGCAGCGGGCCAGAGCCGCCUUCAACUCAGGUCGGACGCGCCCACUCCAGUUCCGCGUCCAGCAGCUGGAGGGGCUGCGGCGCCUGAUUCGCGAGCGGGAGAAGGACCUCGUGGGUGCACUGGCUGCGGACCUCCACAAGAACGAAUGGACCGCCUACUACGAGGAGAUUGUGUAUGUCCUGGAGGAGAUUGACUACAUGAUCAGGAAACUCCCUGAGUGGGCUGCUGACGAGCCUGUGGAGAAGACCCCUCAUACCCAGCAGGAUGAGGCCUACAUCCACUCGGAGCCCCUGGGCGUGGUCCUCAUCAUCGGAACCUGGAACUACCCCUUCAACCUGACCAUCCAGCCCAUGGUGGGCGCCAUUGCUGCAGGGAAUGCGGUGGUCCUGAAGCCGUCGGAGCUGAGUGAGAACAUGGCGAGCCUUCUGGCCGCCAUCCUCCCCCAGUACCUGGACCAGGAUCUGUAUCCUGUGAUCAAUGGGGGUGUUGCUGAGACCACGGAGGUGCUCAAAGAGAGAUUCGAUCACAUCCUGUACACCGGGAGCACCGGGGUGGGCAGGGUCGUCAUGAUGGCUGCGGCCAAGCACCUGACCCCUGUCACACUGGAGCUAGGGGGCAAGAAUCCCUGCUAUGUGGACAAGGACUGCGAUCUGGACGUUGCCUGCAGACGCAUCGCCUGGGGAAAGUUCAUGAACAGUGGCCAGACCUGCGUGGCCCCCGACUACAUCCUGUGUGACCCCUCUAUCCAGAGCCAAAUCGUGGAGAAGCUCAAAAAGUCCCUGAAAGAGUUCUAUGGGGAGGACGCCAAGAAGUCCAGGGACUACGGGAGAAUCAUCAACUCCCAGCACUUCCAGAGGGUGAUGGGCCUGCUGGAGGGCCAGAAGGUCGCCUAUGGAGGCACUGGGGAUGCAGCCAGCCGCUACAUCGCCCCCACCAUCCUUAUGGACGUGGACCCCCAGUCCCCGGUGAUGCAGGAGGAGGUCUUUGGGCCCGUCCUGCCCAUAGUGUGCGUGCGCAGCCUGGAGGAGGCCAUCCAAUUCAUCUCCCAGCGCGAGAAGCCCCUGGCGCUCUACGUCUUCUCGCCGAACGACAAGGUGAUUAAGAAGAUGAUCGCGGAGACCUCCAGCGGCGGGGUGACGGCCAACGACGUCAUCGUCCACAUCACCGUGCACUCGCUGCCCUACGGGGGUGUGGGGGACAGCGGCAUGGGGUCCUACCACGGCAGGAAGAGCUUCGAGACCUUCUCGCACCGCCGCUCCUGCCUGGUGAGGCCUCUGCUGAACGAGGAGACCCUCAGAGCCAGAUACCCACCGAGCCCGGCCAAGAUGCCCCGUCACUGAAGCACUGUCCUGGCCUCACUGUGCU